AUGCGUGCACACAUGUAUUCAGCUCCAAGUUAUGAAGAUGUAAUGAGAGAAUAUGAGUCUCCUCAUCCUACGGAGCUUGCCAGAAAUGAAAGAAUGAGCAUUACCCUUCCUUCGUACGAGUCCUUACAUGAUAUCGACGAGCUGACCCCAACUAGACCUCAGGAGGAAUCUGCUAAAACUGACCUUCCACAAAGGACAGAUUCUCGUUCAGAGAAACAGAAAAAACCCUUGCACGUUAGGAGAAUUAAAUCUGAUAAACUUCAUCUUAAGGAGUUUAGAUUAAAUUUGUCUGGACAAAGUAAUGUUUCCAAGAUCCCGGCCAUCGAGCCUAUAACUCCACCACCACAAUAUGAUGAGAAACAACUUGGGGUAAAUCAAAAUGUGUAGACAACUGACUUACAGGAUUUCCGGUGUAUUAAUUCCAUAUUAUUUUUUUUGUUAACAUCUGCAUUAUACAUGUAAGUGACACUAGCAUCAUGGAAAAGCAACGGAGAGGUCUCAGAAUCUGACAAUGCUUUUCAAAUGAGUUUCAACCCUUUUUGUUGUUUUUUUGUUUUUUUGUUUUUUUUGAAUAUACACACAACUUUUCUUUCCCCUGUUUGUUUUUGCAUGUCUAGAUGUGAUAAAUGUGCUGCUAAACUUCUGAAAAAUUCCAAAAUGGAUUCUACGCAGUUUCCUAACCAGCUACCCCUCCACUAUGGAAGAAGUUGGCCACAUUUUGCUUUUCUAACCCUAUUUUUUUUUGCUGGGAGGCUGGACAAGCUAUGCAUUUUCAAUCGUUCACAUUCCCUGACUACACAAAUGUAAUGCUUAAAAAUAUCAGGGUCCAUUUAUAAAGUAAAUUAAGAAUUAUAUUGGUAUAAUCCUUUACUCUUUAUUACGAGGUCCUGUAACCUUGACGCACCACAAUGAAAAAUAUGUGAAAUACAAGGCAAUAUGAGACCUUUUUUUGUUCUUCUCAAAUGUCCAGAUCAAAGCACUUAACUUUUGAAUCCGCAUUUUGUAAGAUAUCCACCAGAGGGUGCUGGUGUGACAGUUAAUAUUAAUUUGUUUAGACUAUGCUGAAACAAUGUAACCAUAUGUAAACUCUAACAAGUUGCCUUACGUAGCCAUGGUACUGUGCCAGUCUUGAGGUGGGUGAUGCCCACAUUAAUGUGUAUUUUUUUGGGUUUCUGCCUAAUCAGUGUUUUUUUUUUUUUUUGUUUUGUUUUUCAUAUUGCCUGGUUUUAAAGCUGAAGCAUCUUGUUUUGAAAUGUGAGGCAAGUUCCGCCUAACAAAAAAUACUCUUUCACAAGAUUUGUAUGACUCAUUUGACCUAUUUUGUGCCCAGUCUCUGAAAUAGGCAAUACCACCAUUCAUGGACACAAAUCUUAUCCUAAAAUUCUUUAUAAUUGAACAUUAAACUUAUUUAAUUAAAAACACUCACUUUUUUCCUCUUAAAUGUUCUCUAUUGUGUGUUUGUCUUACCAGAUGUAAAUUCAGUGCUUGAAAUACCUAGUCCUAUGGGGCUUGGCUCAUAAAAGCCUUUUUCUUUUUUACUGUAAGAUGGACUGUGUUGAAGGCUUUCUCCAGCAUCACUUGUACAUCCGGUUAUGGUAUGAUCAUAAAGAGCAUGUAUUGUGAACUGUAUAUUUUACAACACUUUAAGGACCACUCUAGGCACCCAGACCACUUCUGCUUAAUGAAGUGGUCUGGGUGCCUAGUCCAGCUAGGGUUAACCCAUUUUUCUAUAAACAUAGCAGUUUCAGAGAAACUGCUAUGUUUAUAAAUGGGUUAAUCCAGCCUCUAAAGCCUCUAGAGGCUGUCUCAUUGACAGCCGCUAGAAGCAUUUGCGUGCUUCUCACUGUGAAAAUCACAGUGAGAAGACGCCAGCGUCCAUAGGAAAGCAUUAUAAAUGCUUUCCUAUGCAUUAUAAAUGCUUUCCUAUGCGACUGGCAGAAUGCGUGCGCAGCUCCUGCCGCGCAUGCGCAUUCAGCCAAAGAGGAGGAGAAGAGAAGGAGAGCUCCCUGCCCAGCACUGGAGAAAGGUGAGUGUUUAACCCCUUCCUCUCCCCAGAGCCGGGCGGGAGGGGGUCCCUGAGGGUCAGGGCACUCUCAGGGCACUAUAGUGGUCCUUUAAGCACUAUAAACAUUACAGUCUGCUGUAAUGCUUAUGGUGCCAGGAGUGCAUAGGUGCCCUUCCAAGGUAAGCAGUCAAACUGCUUGCAAAUGGUUUGACCAUUUGCCUGGGCUCCACUGAGCACUGGUCACCUCUUCCUCUGCUGCAAGAGGCUCGCUGCAUUGAGCAAAGACCUGCAGAACAGGACUUGGCUUAAUAGCUAAUCGUGUUGAAGUGAUGCUCUUGGCUAAUAAGCUGUCUGAAUACAGCAAGGCUUAGCUCAGUGAAGCUAGCAGGAGUUUCACACUCCAGCAGAGUCUGUAGCCACUCCGCAAUAAAACGCAUCAAAGUUGCCAAACUGUAGUGGUUAUGGUGCUUGGAUUGUUCCUUUAAAGUGAAUAACAUUUCAUCCAUAUAUUGUAAUAGUCAAAUUGCCAACCAAUGUAUAAACAAAAACUAAUUCGGUUAUACUGCUCACUCGGAGGUCUGGAGGCCACCCCACUCUCAUGCGACACUGCAGCAUACAUUUUCACGUCCAAACUCUUCCAGAAGGUGGGUAGCAGUUCAGGAGUCCAUGCUGUAUGGAAGGAGUGCUCUUCAGGCUAGUAUAUCUUUUAAUCUAUACACUUGCUGGAACUUUUACCAGCACAGUGUACAAAUUGCAUAUAUAGCCCCCUUCUUGUAAACUUUGACACAAUAAACUUUUUUUUUUUUUUUGGUGUGAGAAAAUGUGUGUUUAAGAACCUUUUUUAGUUUUACUAAAGAGGUGUACAAAGAAUCAGUUUAAAUUACAUCUGUCAUAAUCAGAAUAACUUGGUGAUCCAUAAUUAACUAGUACAUUUCUGUUCAUAGUGCUAGCCAAACUGCUAAUAAAUGGGUAAUUUUAUUCCAUGUAUUUCUAUUAUUCUGACAUGUCUGCUGGUGGAAGGACUACAAAUCGACCAUGCAGCCAUGCGCUAGGCAUUAUAUGACGCCAUGUACAUCACCUGGGGGGGCCUGGUGAAUAUGUGCAGAGUCUUCGUGUUCAGGUAAGUAUGGAUUUCAAUCUGUAGGUUUGCUGGCCAUGUCCCUAGUGUAAUUAAUAUUUUAGAUGUACACCUACCAAAAGGCGACCUGUACAUGGUUUUUGUUUGUUUUUUUGUCAUUGUGUUCUAGAUUUUAAAAAGGACAUCAGAUUUUAUUGCACAGUACUAUGAAGUUUUACCAAAGAGCUAAAUAUUUUUUAACCUUUUUUGAAAUAAAUUCUGAAACCACCACAAUCUUGGAUUUGUUUAUGCACUGGUAAUAUUUAAACUAAAAUAUAAAAGCAUUGACAAAACGUGAAACAUGGAAUUAUGUCUUGUUAUAUUGUGUUUACCUUACUCUUCUUUUGAACAUGUACAGUUAUAUUUAGUUUUUUUUGCAAAGGGGAAAGAGAACUUGAUAGCUCUUUAAAUAUUUGUUAAUAAACAGAAACCUGAACACACAUUGGCAUCUUGGAUCUGUACUGUUGUGAUUUGCAUUGUCCACAUUUUCUGAAUGCUGAUAAAAGCUUCUUAAGGCAAGGUAAACGAUGUGAGAAAAUAGUCCUAAUUUAAUUGGGUUCACAUAUGACAAAAGACUCUUCAUUUACUCUUGGACCUUCUAAUUAGACCACUUGUGUCAUUCUCCUGAUCACCAUGACACAUUCUGGUGGCCCAUACACUAUUUGUUUCUCAUCUUUGUUGUAUGCAAUCCACCAAACAGCCUAUUCCACCACUCUGACGGAAGUCGCCGUUCUAUUCUGGUUGAUCUUAUAGACCCGUGUGUCAGAGUCCCAGACACAGCCAACCCACUUUCUCAUUCUUGCCCAGAGACAAUUUGUUGGUCUUUGUAUGGCCUUGAUCUGACCACGGAAGCCUUGACUCAAGAUCCUUUGGCUACUGGUCAGUGGAGGUGUAACCUGGUUGGUACAUUCUUCUCUUGGUGGCUGUACUUUAGUUAAAAUAUAUUCAUGUCACAACACAUGAGGAUCCUCUGCAAAAUACAAGGCAUUCCAAAUGCAAAUCGAGAAGAAAAAUGGACAAGAGUAUCAUAGAACCUUAGCAUGGUCGGACUUAAUGCUUCGAGCAUGCGAGAGUUUAUAUUGGUCCAUACCUUUGCAUCAAUUUUACAUGAUACAUGCAUGUGCAGAGCACCAGACAGAACGCCAACCAGUUAACACAUUAAAAGGGCAUUCACUUUAAGUUUGAAUGUGGCAACAAUAACGUGACCUAGUUGAAAAUGUUUUGUCCAGAAUGACAUGGCUGUUCUAAUUUUACAGUGUGAAGCUAAGGACUGUGUUAGCAAUGACACGGAUGCUUCACUUCACAUUUCCUUUCACCACUCUGCCACUACACCACUGCCAGCGGAGCAGUCACCGUUGGGGGUCUUUGCAAAUUAGGCAAAUACUCUAGACUGUGACAGAGGCGCUUUAAGUGUCCCAUAUGGUCCUUACUCCUUGUCUGGGCACUCCUACUGUUUAAAUAUCGUAUUGGUAUAUAAACCCUAUUACAAAUACAAUAGAACAGAGUGCGUUGUCAAGCUGUGGCUGGGGUGUGUUUGAGAAAAGUAGCUGCUCUUCCUCCUCCGAUUUUCAGAGGAUCCUGCUGAAAGCUUGCCAGGAAAAUGGCAGCUCCUUGGGGACAAUGGCUGCUGCUAUGGUUCCUGAUGCUGUCUGA